AUGGAGCCCUUCACAGCGCGCAGCACCAGUCCGCAGCCGGAGGCAGGGGCCGACGGCGGCAGCAGCAGCAGCCCGGGAGAGGAGCCCGCUCCGGCCGGGCCGCUCUGGACCGCAGUGUUCGAGUACGAGGCGUGCGGCGACGACGAGUUGAGCCUGCGGCCGGGGGACGUGGUGCAGGUGCUGUCGCGGGACUCGCUCGUGUCCGGGGAUGAGGGCUGGUGGACCGGGCGGAUUGACCAGCGCGUCGGCAUCUUCCCCAGCAACUACGUGAGCAGCAGCGCGCACAGCCGCCGCCAGGGGGGCGCCCAGGAGCUGCGGCCCCACUACGCGCCGCCCCCGGCCAUACACCUACUGGAGAUUGACUUCUCAGAGCUGGCUCUGGAGGAAAUCAUUGGCAUAGGAGGCUUUGGAAAAGUCUAUCGAGCUGUUUGGGAAGGAGAUGAGGUUGCUGUCAAGGCAGCUCGUUAUGACCCUGAUGAGGACAUCAGCCAGACCAUUGAGAAUGUCCGCCAAGAGGCCAAGCUCUUUGCUAUGUUAAAGCAUCCCAACAUCAUUGCCCUCAGGGGAGUGUGUCUGAAGGAACCUACCCUCUGCCUGAUCAUGGAGUUUGCCCGUGGUGGGUCGCUAAAUAGGGUGCUGUCAGGUAAAAGGAUCGCCCCAGACAUACUAGUGAACUGGGCAGUCCAGAUUGCCAGGGGAAUGAAUUACCUGCAUGACGAAGCGAUUGUUCCUAUUAUCCACCGUGACCUCAAGUCCAGCAACAUAUUGAUACUUGAGAAGGUGGAAAAUGGAGACCUGAGCAACAAGAUAUUGAAGAUCACGGAUUUCGGCUUGGCCAGAGAAUGGCAUAAAACCACCAAAAUGAGUGCAGCUGGAACAUAUGCCUGGAUGGCUCCUGAGGUCAUCCGCUCCUCCAUGUUCUCCAAAGGCAGCGAUGUGUGGAGUUAUGGUGUGCUGCUUUGGGAACUGCUAACUGGGGAGGUACCAUUCCGAGGAAUUGAUGGUCUAGCAGUAGCAUACGGAGUUGCCAUGAAUAAACUUGCCCUUCCGAUCCCAUCCACAUGUCCAGAACCUUUUGCCAAACUCAUGGAAGACUGUUGGAAUUCUGACCCACACUCACGACCAUCUUUCGGCAGUAUACUAGACCAACUCACUACCAUAGAGGAGUCUGGCUUCUUUGAAAUGCCCAAAGAUUCCUUCCACUCCUUGCAGGAAGACUGGAAGCAUGAGAUCCAGGAGAUGUUUGAUCAGCUUAGAGCCAAAGAAAAGGAGCUGCGCACGUGGGAGGAGGAGCUGACCCGUGCUGCACUCCAGCAGAAGAACCAUGAGGAGCUGCUGCGGCGGCGGGAGCAGGAGUUGGCGGAGCGUGAGAUUGACAUCCUAGAAAGGGAGCUCAACAUCAUCAUCCACCAGCUGUGCCAGGAGAAGCCUCGGGUGAAGAAGCGUAUAGGCAAGUUCAAGAAGAACCGUCUUAAGUUGAAAGAUGGCAAUCGCAUCAGCCUCCCUUCAGAUUUCCAGCACAAAUUCACUGUACAAGCAUCUCCAACCAUGGACAAAAGGAAAAGCUUGAUCAGUAGUUGUUCCAGUCCUCCUGCAAGUCCUACCAUCAUUCCCAGACUCAGGGCCAUACAGUUGACACCUGGCGAAAGCAGCAAAGCAUGGGGAUGCAACUCAGUCUUACAGAAGGAGGAAGGAGAGGAGGAAGAGAAGAGAAGCCAGAAGAAGAAAGGGCGUACCUGGGGACCAAGUUCUCUUUGUCAUAAGGAGUUAGCUGCAGGAGAAGAUGGCCUGAAGUCUCUGGUAGAUGGAUACAAACAAUGGUCAUCUAGUGCUCCAAACCUAAGGAAGGUCCAGAGAACUACACCUGCCUUGCCAGGAUUCACCAGCCUAGCAGAGAUGGAGGAUGAGGACAGCGAGUGUUUUAAUGGAGACGAAGCGCACCCUUCACCUGGGCGCACCCCAUCGUACCUCUGCAUCCCAUUUCAGAAGAGCGGAGACUUGGAUGGCCCACCCAGUGAUGCCAAUGAGGAGUCCACCCCCAUGAAUUCUGCUACAAGCACCCCUCAGCUCACCCCGACCAAUAGCCUUAAGCGGGGUGGCUCCCAGCAUAAGCGGUGGGAGGUUGCCUUGCUUGGUUGUGGAGCAGUGCUGGCUGCUGCAGGCCUGGGCUUUGAUCUGUUGGAGGUAGGCAAGUGCCAGUUGCUGAUCCAGGAUGAGCUGGAACCACCCAAGGAGGAGAAGAAGAAGCGCGACAGUAUUUUCCAGCGGGCUGGGCGCCCACGCAGAAGCACCAGCCCACCUUCCCGGAAGCUCUUCAAGAAAGAGGACCCCCUGUUGCUGCUGGGCGAGCCAUCCACCUCACUGACCCUCCUCUCCCUGUCUUCCAUUUCUGAAUGUAACUCCACCCGUUCCCUGCUGCGCUCAGACAGUGAUGAGAUUGUGGUGUAUGAGAUGCCCGUCAGCCCUGUGACAGUCAAGGCUCCCUUGACAGUAGUUACCAACCCGCUGGUCAAUGUACGCAUUGAGAGGUUCAAGCAGGACCCCAACCAAUCCCUGACUCCCACACAUGUGACUCUCUCUUCCCAUGCCCAGCAAAGGAGGCACAGGCGAACCCCUUCUGAUGGGGCCAUCAAAGCGGCUGGACUGGUUGCCAAUGGGUGCUCUCCCAGUGGGUGCACUUCCAGUAACUGUUUAACUGGUGCACUGGGCGCAGGUGUAUUAAAAACUCCCAGCCCAAGCCAAGAUCCAAAUGAGGUCCCUCGCCUGCCAGACCCCAACCUUGUCUUUCCUCCAACCCCAAGACGCUGGAAUGCACAGCAGGACUCCACACUGGAAAGACCCAAGACCUUGGAGUUCUUGCCAAGGCCACGCCCUUCAGCCAAUCGGCAGCGGCUUGAUCCCUGGUGGUUUGUGUCACCCAGCCAAGCCAGGGGUGAAUCCUCUGCCAACAGUUCAAGUACCGACACCCCAAGCAAUCUGGACUCCUGCUUUGCUAGUAGCAGCAGCACCGUAGAGGAGAGGCCAGGACUUCCUGCUCUGCUUCCUUUCCAGGUGGGUAUUCCUGUAGAGGAGCGGAUGCUAUUGGACAUAGAUGUUGAGGGGCAGAGCCAGGACAGCACGGUUCCGCUAUGCAGAACUGAACUUAAAACAACCAAACCUGCAGCGUAUGAACUGAAACAAGAGUUCUGGUCUUAG